CUCACACUGUGCUCUCUCAGCUCUCUCUCUCUCUCUCUCUCUCUCUCUCUCUCUCCAUGACAAGAACCCUCCCCCUCCAUGCCUUGAGACUGGCAACGCAGAGCAGCAACACACAGACGCACAGAACCAGACAGAGAAAAAGAGAGAGAGUGUGUGAGUGAGUGAAAGAGUGAGAGAAGAAGAAAGGAAGUAAAGUAAGGGGUAACAAACCGUGGAAUAGAAUGGAGUCUCUCUUCAGGAGCCUCCCACUGUGGCACAGGAAGUGAAGUACAGCGAGAGAGGAGAGGAAAAGAGAGGAGCAGAGGAGAAGACUGGAGGGACGCGCCCACUGAACUCGAGGAACAAGCUGUUCGGGAAUCUCCUGCAAGGAGCUGAGGGGGAGCAAGCGUGCGAGUGACAGGCCCCCCUGGAAGAGCAGCACUUCCACACGCCCUCCUCUGGAUUUUACACACACACACACACACACACACCUCCAAACACAGCACAGAAGAAGAGUGAAGGAGGUAAAGGGGGAUUGUUGGAGGAGAGGGCACAGGGAAAAGAGCGGGAGGAGAGUUACAGAGAGAGAGAGAGAAGAGAGAGAGAGAGAGAGAGAGGGGGGAACUUAAGUAGCAGGAAACACUCGGUACACCAACAGGUUAAGGAGUGGAAGGAGCGAUAGAAGAGUAAGAACGAGAGAGAGAAAGAGCAAGGGACGAGAGAGAGAAAAGAGCAAGGGACGAGAGAGAGAAAGAGCAAGGGACGAGAGAGAGAAAGAGCAAGGGACGAGAGAGGGAUGGAGGCCUUGCUGCCCGUGUUGCAGCAGCAUUCGGGACUCUCUGUGCUGGCCUGUGCGGUGGCCUUCCGCUGCGUCCACUACAUGCUGCGGAACCUUCCAGUGCCCGAUGAGGUGCAGCAGGAUGCGUUCCGCUUCUGGAAGUGGAGGAACCUGUCGGUGUCGCUGGUCCAUUCCCUGGUGACCGGUGUCUGGGCUGUGACCUGCUUGGUCCAGGAGCCAAUGAUGCGGCAGGACAUCUUCUCCUACUACACCCCAGCUUCAUAUCUCCUCGUCUGUGUUUCCUCAGGGUACUUUGUACAGGAUGCUUGUGACAUCAUCCUCACAGGUCAUGCGAAGGGCUCAUGGGAGUUCUUGAUUCAUCAUUUUCUGGUGCUGUGCAGCUUCCUGUACACGUUGUUCAUGCAGCAUUACGUGGCAGGCGCAACCAUCGCCCUCCUGGUAGAGGUGAACAGUGUCACGCUGCACAUGCGACUGAUGCUCAAGCUGGCGGGGGCCCAGUUCUCUCCGUUCUACAACUUCAACAAGUUGCUCAACGUCUUCACCUACGUGUCCUUCCGUCUGAGUGCCCAGUUUUUCCUCACCUGGUACAUCAUGCACAACUACAGCUGGCUGGAUCACGCCGGCUACUUCAUGGUCACCAUGAUCAUCAUGAACGUGAUGAUCCUGAUCUACUUCUACAGACUGCUCCGUGCUGACUUCUUCCCGCGACGGAAGACCAGCAGCGCGGUACAGAAUGGCACACACAGCAGCAGCACCACCCCCAGGUUCCUCAACGAAUGAGGAAGAGGAGGGGAAGCUUUAGAAAAAACCUUUCUGUUUGUUUGUUUUUUUUGUUUUGUUUUUUUGAUCUAGGUUGAUUUUGUGUGUGCUUGGUUACCUUGGAGGUCCCAAACAAACAUGUUUCCAUGGCUCCCGCAUCUCACACCCUUCAAGUGCUCCCAUUAAAACCAAGCGAAGUGCUUUGGAUCUGAACAGCCAGCCAGCCGUGUGCAGUGUUUUUGCCUCAACGCCAGUGUACUUCUGCAACAUUUACAUAAUGCUUGACUAAACCCUGCAUACUCAAAUAUCCCACAUAUCUCUUUGUGUGUUGGUGGUACGCCAGUGAAAGGCAGCAAAGAGGACAGCUACCUCAGUGCAGACCUAGGUAGAGCCUCACUUCACAUGAAGCCCCAUAUAGGCUGAAAAGCUGUAGACUGAUCAAUUUACCACCAUGCCGGACUCUGGCUGGUCAUAUCAUGCGGGUUGUGAUUGACCCUAAUGUGUUUGUAUGUAUGUAGCCUAGCAUUUGAACUGACAAUGUUUUAUGUCCAUCUGUCAUAGUACAUUGUUAAGGACAUUUAGUAGUGUUAGACAUUAAGCUGUAUUUUAGUAGGG